AGCUCCACAAUCGAACACUACCGAUCGCGAAGCGUCUCCGUCAAAGUCUGUCUAGAUUGCGGGAAGUGGGGGGAUCAAAUGGGGGAACUAUGAGCACCCACCCACUCCAAGUCUCGAGGGAACGGUUGCACUUUGGAACCCAUUUGGAACCAGGCGCCGCCAGAAUAGGAAUCAUUCAGUUGACGUUCGAGUGCAGUGUAGAGCAGCUCGACUUGGGAACAUUUAUAAUGCAGGAAAUUUAUACGCUUUUAUUUACUUUCAUAUCUUUAAAUACCUCUACCAUUAAUUGUGUAGUAUUUAUCUGAACUAACUUCAAUUUAUCCGCCUUAUCAUCCAUUAACUUGUACACCCACGGAAGGUAUACGAGUAUACAUAAGCACGCAUUCUUGAAAACACUCCACCCACUCGAUUUUCCCUGUAGGCUGUUUACAAAUUUUGCCGGCAUUAAUUAUGUGGCUGGUUAAACUUAUUACGCUCCAAUUAUAGGGUACGUAAGUUUGCCUUAUAUGUAUGUACAAACUUGCAAAUAGAAAUAUGUUUAUACCACGCUGGUAACAAAUUUGCAUCGGCGGCAUUUGGGUUAAUUGUGGGUGACGAGGCAUGAAAUUCAAGCCAAGAUAAGCAUUUUAUCAGACAGUUCAGGAUAGACUUAUCAAGCGAUUAUGAAAUCGCGGUUCGCUAUCUACGCCAAAUAUUUAUGGCAAUUUCAAUUCAAUAAAUUCAUACUUUUGGGGCAAUUCAUAUAAGCUUUAUCAUUAGGGCUUACAAAAUAUAUAGCAAAUUUUAAAUGUUUAAACGUUUUGUAUUAUUACUAGAUUAUUGCAAAAUGGUUUAUUAAGAAGUAAGGUGACAACUUUGGUUAAAGUGUUUGAAAAUUGUGUUUGUUGUUUGACCAACAACAGCUGACCAACAGCUGAUAGCAUUAUUCAGCAAAUAUUUGUGAAGUACAGUUUGGAUUUUUCAGGGCUGCCAAUGUCUUAUUGUCAAGCAGUCUAAGAGUUACUUGUCAAUUCGAUGUCACGAGUGUCAAACUUUUUUCAUUCUAAACUCGAUUGUUAUGAGUGGACAGCUUGUGUUCGUGUACUUCAUUUUCUGGAUUGCCGUGAAUUUUGUCGGCUUCGUUAUUGUGCUAAACUAUUUUGCAACUCUUGCGAAAGAUGAAUAACAUGAAUUCAAGUCCUACCAAUAAAGAUUCGGGCGCCACUGACGAUUCCGCGCCGGAGAAGACUUUGCAAACGCAUUCCGAUUCAUCAGUAGAGUCGGAAGAGUACCCGUCAGACGCGGACGACGACGACGAGGACUACGACGACGAGGACAAGGACACAUCACAAUCCGAGAACUCUGACACAUCAUCAGAUGCUUUAAAGGAUUCGCCAGUUCUAGAAAUACCAAAAUUGGAGGUGGAUCAAAAUGAUCAGGAGUCGGUUGUCAACGCAAUCGGAACUUUGGUUACGAUGAUCAACUCCCAAUUGAAUGCUAUCAAGUCGAAAACCAUCCCGAAAUCAAUAUCGGAUCUUUUGGACCGCAAAAAACGAGAGAAACUUUGGAGGAUGCGUCGUCGCUAGAAAGCCCCGUUGAAGGAAAGCGCCAAAUAGAAUGAUCACCGUUUCUAUUCCAAUUUGCUGAAAUGUUUCUUGUACCAUGAAUUUUAUAUUGCUCUUGUAAUAUUGUUCAAUUUAUACAGUAAUAAUAGUUUCGAAGGGGCUCUA